AUGGGAAAAAAAUAUCAGAGACAGACAGGAGGGGGCCCUCUUACACAGGAUUUAACUCCUGCAAAGGAGCAGGCCCUCAGCAAUGAGGGUUCAGUGGAAAGGGAAGACUCAGACCAACCUGUUAUCCACAAUGAACGCAGUGUCAUCUUUGCUGACCUCUCAAAGGAAGAGAUCCUACAGGUGCGCGACUACAUGUCCAAGAUCCCAGGAAAAAACAUUAAAUUCGAACAAUCUUCCCCUCCUUCACUUGACUACUUGUAUAUGAUUGAGCUCUCCCUGCCAAAGAAACAAGAGGUUUGGCAGUACCUGGAUGUCAAUGGACAGAAACCAAGAAGAGAAGCAACUGCAGUGGUUUUGCAAUUCAGUACGAACAACAUAAAGGAAUAUGUAGUUGGUCCUCUACCCAACCCAUCCUACCACAAAGAUGUCACAUUUGAGAGAUACAAAAGGGAAAUUCCUUUAUCUGCACGUCCAGUUAAUUUUUGGGAGCAAAUUAUUUUCAGAGGUUUUCUGCAGAAUGUACUUACCCCAGUAAAAACCCUUCUUGAAGAAAGCUUUGGCAUAACUCCCCCAUCAUACCAUGUUUACUAUGACAGCAUGCCACGAGGGGUACAGUCAGGAGACAGACAGACCUGGAUUUCAGUCUGUCGAAAUGUGGAGGGCUUUUUCAUCCAUCCAGUGGGCUUUGAGAUGAUGAUAAAUCACCAAAGUAUCAAUUUUUCAUCCUGGCAUGUGAUGAAAGUAGUACUGUAUAAUGGUCGGUACUUUGACACUUUAACAGAACUGAAGCAGCAAUAUGAGGUAGGGACUGCGAAAAAAGUAAUCUACAAACUUAUGCCAAAUUAUGCAUCACUCAAACUCAAGAAGAAACCCACAGGCGUACAGCAGUUUUAUGUUAAAGGCAAGCGAUUCAGUGUAGAAAACAACAAUGUUGUAUCUGACUGGAGCUUUGCUUUUAGUCUGAGCCCUCUCAGAGGCAUGAAAGUUUUUGAUGUACAAUUUAGAGGUGAAAGAAUUAUAUAUGAGCUGAGCGUUCAGGAGGCGUCAGUCUAUGGAUCUAUCACCCCAAAUCUCAUGCUCACCAAGUUCCUUGAUGGCAGCGUUGGCAUUGGUGCAUGUGCCUAUGAGUUGGUCAAAGGGGUUGACUUUCCUAUUUCCGCCGCUUACAUUGACACAAUCUAUUUUAAGGAUAGUGAUGUUCCACGCCAGCUAAGAAACUCCAUUUGUGUCUUUGAGCAUGACAUGGGCCACCCUCUACGGAGGCACUACUCUGAGAUUAACUACAACAGUUACGGAGGACUAGCUAAUAGCGCCUUAGUUUUCAGAACAAUCACAGCUAUAGGAAACUAUGACUAUAUGUGGGAUUUCAUCUUCUACCAAAGUGGCUCAGUGGAGGCAAAAGUGCACGCCACAGGAUAUAUUGCAUCCUCCUUCAAAUUAGAAGAAAAUUUUAAAUUUGGUCAUCAAGUUGCAGAGAACGUCACAGGAAACAUCCACACCCAUUUUCUUAACUUCAAAGUGGAUCUUGACAUUUUAGGAGUAAAGAACGUAUUCCAGACUAAAGACAUGGAGUUUAUGAACGUCUAAUUGCCCUGGAUGCCUGAACGCCAUGCCAUGAUCCCUCAGUUGGUGGAGAAUAAGCUUAAAACGGAAAAGGAGGCAGCGCUACGUUAUGACACAAAGACCCCGUGUUACCUUCACAUUGCUAGCAAUCAAACCAACCAGUGGGGUCAUCAGCGCUCCUACAGGCUCCAGGUGUUCAGUAACCCUGGAGACCACCUCCCAGAGAGCCAGGCAAAGGAGAAAGCGAUGUCCUGGGCCAGGUAUAAGGUCGCUAUCACCAAGCAGAAGGAUCUUGAGCAGAGCAGUGGCAGCCUGUACAAUCAGCAUGACAUCUGGAAUCCAGCAGUUGAUUUCAGCAAGUACAUUGAAGAUGAUGAAGGUAUUGAAAAUGAGGACCUGGUUGCCUGGGUGACCACUGGUUUCCUCCACAUCCCCCAUGCUGAGGACAUCCCCAACACAGUGACAGUGGGCAAUGGAGGUGGGGUUCUGAUACGGCCACACAACUACUUUGAGAAAGACCCAUCCAGUCACUCGACUGAUGCUGUGUACAUUGACCCAGGCACUGAGGACAGCUGUGAAAACAUCAGGAUGGCCUGCCUUGAUGAGGACACCUGCGUUCCUUACUUAGAACCCUUCUCCUAUCGGGGCUUUGGUUGAAGUUCUAAGUAAAUCACAAGGAGUACUUAGAUUUUGCAUUUCUUCCUUUGUUUAAUUAAUUUUCUUUUCAUGAAAUUACAGGAAGAUUGUUAUGGCUUAUAAGUACAAGUAGAACUAACCCAAAGAAUGUGUGGGCUUUGUUUCUGUUAAAACAGCAUUGUUAGUCUGUCAGAUGAUUCACUGUUUAGUUGCAUUAGUUUUCAUUGGAACAAAAUGCCUGCAGGAGUCAGGUGAAGUUUUUACAGCCAGACUCGUAUUAUUUAACAGGUGCAAUCUAUUUAGCUGCAUUUUUAUUACAUGUUUUUUUUUUUAUUCAAGCAUAACUUGUGAGAAGUUUAAAAUAACUAAUAGAACUUAUAACACAGGGUUUACAC